UCUGUGUCACGGUGAUUGUGGAGAGCCUGUCACCGCUCUGCCAUGAUAUAUUUUUAUGAAAUUGUGUGUGGUUGUGUGCGUUGGGCAGGUCUAUAGCCUGAUUGCGCGCCACCGCCCCCUCCAUCGACGCGUGUGCACGAGUGUCCGCAAAGCCGCCGCCGCUUCUCCUCUCCGGGCGCACAGCAGAACCGUCGCCAAAACUUUGACGCGCCGGAACCUUCAGCCGAGGCAACYAAAAAACAAGCAGGGCUGAAUAAUAACGAGAAGGGGAAACAUUAUUAUCCCGGGCUUUCUCGCUAAUUGGAAAAGUCUAAAGAGAAAAACAAAAAACAAAACCCAGGUGUCGACAUGGAGAGCGCACCAGUAGAAAUUUUUAAAGAAGACAAUAAGUGCCUGUCCGCGCUGCUGGAGGACUGCCUGGUCAAUUCUACWGUUUGGGUAUCCGGAGACUCUGACAGCCGCAACGUGAGCCACGAUGAUGAAGAUGGCUGGGCGCAGGAGGGCAUGUCCCCCAUCAUCCCRAUCAUCACCGCCGUGUACUCCGUGGUGUUUGUGGUGGGCUUGCUGGGCAACUGCCUUGUCAUGUAUGUCAUCAUCAGGUACACAAAGAUGAAGACAGCCACCAAUAUUUAUAURUUCAACCUAGCGCUCGCCGACGCCCUGGUCACCACCACGAUGCCCUUCCAGAGCACAGACUACCUUCUCAAUACCUGGCCCUUUGGGGAGGUGGUGUGCAAGGUCUUCAUCUCCAUCGACUACUACAACAUGUUCACCAGUAUCUUCACGCUCACCAUGAUGAGUGUGGACCGGUACGUGGCUGUGUGCCACCCUGUGAAAGCCCUGGAUUUCCGCACCCCCAUCAAAGCCAAGAUGAUCAACGUCUGCAUCUGGAUCUUGUCCUCGGCUGCGGGGAUUCCUGCUUUUGUUCUGGGGGGCACGCAGACAAACAGUGACAUAACUGAAUGUGCCUUACAGUUCCCAGAGCCGUACGCCUACUGGGACACAAUGAUGAAGAUCUGUGUGUUUGUGUUUGCCUUCGUCGUGCCCGUGCUCAUCAUCACCGUGUGCUACUCCCUCAUGGUCCUGAGGCUGAAGAGCGUGCGCAUGUUGUCCGGCUCGCGGGAGAAGGACCGCAACCUGCGGCGCAUUACCAGGCUGGUGGUGGUGGUGGUGGCCGUGUUCGUGGUCUGCUGGACGCCCAUUCACAUCUUCAUCCUGGUCAAAGCGCUGGUGAGCGUGCCUGAGACCACCGCCAUCAUGGCCGCCUACUUCUUCUGCGUGGCCCUGGGCUACACCAACAGCAGCCUCAAUCCUGUUCUCUACGCCUUUCUGGACGAGAACUUCAAGCGCUGCUUCAAGGACUUCUGCCUCUCYGCCAAACUGAAAGGAGACAAGUUUUCUGGGAGCAAGAAGGUCCCCAGCACUGUUCGGGCAGCCGCUGUUCCCCUGGAAAACCCAGACGGGACUAAGCCAACAUGACUAGCAGUGGAACUGUCUUCAAUUUCCCACAUUGGUAAAGAAGACUCACAUGACUUGGGCUUAACCCACGUCACUUCAGCAAUGUAGACUGUUGUGAAAGUUGAUCCGCCUCACGUUUUUAUUGUUGCCUGGAGGGUGCCAACACUGAAACAUUGCUCAUCUUUUUCUUAUAAUGACCCAGAAGUAAUCGUAUUGACAACGUCCUCCACCGUGGCAUUUYACUUUCGUAGUUGAUGUUUGAAUUUGAAGAUAGAUCUGGAUACAAGGAGACAAUUUGGUGUAAAAUAGACCGAAUUUGGUCAAAGGUAACUCUUAUAGUAUUUAUUUUUUGUUGUCUGUUCUGAAGAAAGUGCUGCUUAUUACAACAUGGAUACUUGAUAAGUGAUGGUAAUUUAUUUACUUUUCAGCCUCAUAAAGAAAAAAACUGUAUAGGUCUUCUGGACGGGUUC